AGAGGGAGGAGAGAGGGAGCCGCGCCACAGGGAGGGGGUGAGGUAUUUAAAUGCUGGAGAAGGACAGCGCAGCCGAAGCGCUCAACUCCCUGAGUGAAGGUAGGACAGGGAGAGGAAGCAACGGAAGAACUUGAGCUUCUUCCACACUUUUUCAGACUUUGACUCAACAUCGUAGCACACACGCACCCCCCCCGCACGCACUUUUGGACUUUUGACUCAUCACUGGACUCCAAAAGCUUCUCCUUGGAAUCCAGCUACCUGCAUCCUCCUUGCUCCCGUUCAUCCAGCGCUCUCCUCAAAUCCACACUCUCGCCCUCACGCUUUGAGGGCAGAUGGCCGCGGCGUGGGCCUCUCUCGGGGGCGCCUUCGGCUGUGCCCUGCUGGCCCUGGUCCUGGGGAGCAGCGGUGUGGACUUCGGGGUGCCCCCCGCAAGCUUUUACCCCCGGUUCAACCCCUUUUUCUUCCUGUGCACCCAUCACGCAGAGCUGGAUGGAGUUGGGGUGGCUGAAGGUGGGGGUGAGGUGCUGCUCACCCUCCAGAUUAUGGGUAACCCCACCGCCUACACCCCAGGACAGGAAUACCAAGUGACGAUCUCUACCAGUGUGUCAUUCGACGGUCUGUUGGUGACGGGCCUCUACACCUCCACACCCGUCCAGUCUGCUCCCAUCCCGGCGCCGGCAGCUUUUGGCUUCGGUGGGAUGCCAGAGCAUCAGUUUAGCGGCACCCAGUUUGUCUGCAGUGUGGUUGCUUCCCAUGUGAGCCACCAGCCUUCAACCAGUUUCAGUUUUGUCUGGAUCGCACCACCCCCUGGCACUGGCUGCGUCAACUUCUUAGCGACAGCCACACACCGAGGACAGAUCCUGUUCAAGGAUGCUCUGGCCCAGCAACUCUGUGAACAGGGAGCUCCAACAGAGUCUCCACUGAGACCAAGUCUGUUGGAGGUCCAUGCUAACCAUGCUGUGCUGCGUGAUGACUUUGAUUCAAACUUGCAAGGGGAGUUGGACCCAACCAUCUGGUCUGAGUGUGCAAACUGUGUGCUGGGCGAGCAGUGUGGGGUCCUGAUGCAUGGCAGAGCAGUCACUUUCUGCGAGCCCCUUGGAGAGCGGGAGUUGACAACUGUCUCUCUCAACGCCAGCACAGCAUCCGUCCUUCAGUUUGCUCUGGGUUCCGGCUCCUGUCGUUUCAGUUACUCAGACCCCAGCAUCAUCGUAUCAUACAGCCUCAAUGGAAAUGCCAACACCUCGGACUGGAUCACACUGGAGAAGAUCAGAGCUCCUACCAACAGCAGCACCUUCGUCCACCUUCUCCCAAUGCCACCGAGGUCCAGGGCCGAGAACGUUCAUCUCCGCUGGUCUCAGGAAGCACCUCAAGGACCAGAAGGCUACGAGUCCUGCUGGGGCUUGGACAAUGUGCUGCUGCUCAACGCUGCUCAUAAAACUCCCCUGAUGGAGGACAACCUCGAUCCCCCAGACACGGCCAACUGGCUCUUUUUUCCCGGUGCGACAGUCAAGCAUGCUUGCCAGUCAGACGGCAACUCUCUGUAUUUCCAUGGUGGUGAGGCAGUCGGUCACAACUUUGCCUCCAGCAGAGACAUCGACCUGCACCGUGAGGAGGGAAGAAGUUACUGGGAGGAGGAUUUUGAGAGCCCACCCUCAAACUGGGACAUACAGGGAGCCGUAUACGGGACCCAGUGUGGCGAGAUUGAGUCGGGCUCGGCAUUGGUGUUUGAGAUGGACGGUCGGAGGAGAAUGUGCACGCCCUACAUCGACAGCACCUCAUAUGGAAACCUGCGCUUCCACUUCUCGAUGGGUGGUGGUGAAUGUGAUCCCGGGGAGUCACAUGAUCACAAUGUAAUUCUCUUUGGAAGGUCAGAAGGCAGGAGGGAACGUGUCGUCCUCGAUACCCUUCCAUAUUCUUCAUACAGGACCCCUGCAGUGGUGUCAGUGGCGCUGCCCUCUGAGCUGCAAACACCAGUCACCCAGUUCUGCCUGGAGCAGCACUCGCACGGGGGGGCCAACCGCCAUGUGUGGGCCGUGGACUUUAUGCAGCUGCUGCCUGUGCUGCCUGGCACACACACGCACGUUGUUCAGUUCUCCAUCAACCUCGGCUGCGGCUCCUACCAGCCCGCCAACAGUGUCAGUCUAGAGUUUUCCACAAAUCAUGGUCGUUCCUGGUCUCUGCUCCACACUGAGUGUCUACCGGAGCUUUGUGCAGGACCCCACCUACCUCACAGCACCAUCUACUCCUCUGACAACUACAGCGGAUGGACGAGGAUUUCUAUCCCUCUGCCCAAUGCUGCCCUGACAGAGACCACACGCUUUCGCUGGAAACAGUCUGGCACCGGAUUGGGAAACAUGUGGGCCAUUGACAACGUUUAUAUUGGUCCAGCCUGUCUGCGCUUCUGCUCUGGGAGAGGACAUUGUUCCCGCACAGGCUGCAAAUGUGACCCAGGUUUCAGUGGUCCAGCCUGUGAGCUCGCCUCCCAGACUUUCCCAGCCUUCCUGUCCGAGGGUUUCUCCAGCCCACGCCUUUCCUCAUACCACAGCUUCUCCUCCCUCCGCGGAGCGGAGGUCAGCUUCGGCUGCGGGGUUCUGGCAAGCGGCAAGGCGUUGGUCUUCAACAGGGACAGCAGGAGACACCUAGUCACUGCACCGCUGGAUAGCUCUCAGGCCAGAUACCUCCAGUUCACCCUCCGACUCGGCAGCCGAAGUACCCUGAGCUCCUGCCCAGCUCCAGACCAGGCAGGAGAGGGUGUCCUGUUGCAUUACUCCACAGACAACGGCAUAACCUGGACUCUGUUGCAGCACUACGCUUACCAAGGAUUCCAUGAGCCAAGGAUCGUGUCUGUCGAGCUCCCAGCUGGUGCUCGAAAGUUCGGUGUGCAGUUCCGCUGGUGGCAGCCUUACCAUUCUGGCCGCGGUCACGAUGUCUGGGCGCUGGAUGAAAUCAGCAUGACGUCCGUGCUGUUCAACACCAUAAGUCUGGAUUUCAGCAACGUGUUGGAUGUUACACAGAGUCUUGGUUUUUACCUUGGUCAUGUCCAGCCCUACUGCCACCAUGAUUGGACGCUCAGUUUCUCUGGUGAGCCCAGCCCUGGUUCCAGUAAUCGCUAUGUGGAGACUCAGUCAAUGCAGAUUGGUGCCUCCUACAGUCUGCAGUUCUCGCUGGUUAUGGGCUGCGGUCGCGAGUCGUCCCCUCACAUUGACACUCAGGUCCGCCUGGAGUUCUCCACCAAUCACGGCCUCACUUGGCACUUGGUCAAAGAGGCUUGUCUGCCUGGCAUGCCAAGCUGCUCUGAGUUUACGGCUCCCAGCGUGUACCACCCAUCAGAGUUCACAAAAUGGAGACGCAUUACUCUGUCUCUGCCUCAGAAGACAUGGUCCAGUGCCACACGCUUCCGAUGGAUCCAAAACUACUACGGGGAGCAGGACGAGUGGGCCUUAGAUGACAUUUAUAUUGGCCAACAAUGUCCGAACAUGUGCCACGGACACGGCUGGUGUGACCACGGACACUGCAGGUGUGACGACAGCUUCUCUGGUACAGACUGCUUGCCAUCCUCCCCGCUCUCGUCCAGUGUCCUCUCAGACUUCGAGUCCCAGGAUGCACUGCUGGCCACUUGGCAGGAAGUGAUAGGCGGAGAGGUGGUCAACCCUGAUGUCGGCUGCGGGGUGGUUUCAUCUGGUUCCUCCCUGUACUUCAGCAAGGCUGGCCUGCGGCAGCUCGUGAGUUGGGACCUGGACACGGAAUGGGCGGAGUUCGUGCAGUUCUACCUGCGUGUGGGUGGAGACUGGGCAGAUUGCAACCAGGCUGACAGCAGGGAAGAGGGAGUAUUGCUGCAGUAUAGCAAUGAUGGAGGCAUCAGCUGGGGCCUCAUUGCCGAGAUGUACUUCACAGACUUUACCAAGCCUCGUUUUGUCCACUAUGAGCUUCCUUUGGCCUCAAAGACACCCUGCACUAGAUUUCGCUGGUGGCAGCCUCUUCACUCUGGGGAGGGCUAUGACCAGUGGGCAAUAGAUGAUGUCAUCAUUUUAUCUGAGAGGGAGAAGCACAUCAUCCCCAUAGCCAGUCCUACUUUGCCACAGAACUUCUAUGAGAAGCCGGCUUUCGACUACCCGCUGAACCAGAUGAGUGUGUGGCUGAUGCUGGGUAACGAAGGCAUGGAGAGGGACAGCAACAGCAGCUUCUGUGCUCCGACCGCAUCUUCCAUGGUGUUCGGGCGCUCCGAUGGGGACAGGGUGGCGGUCACCAGGGACCUUGCCCUGCGCCCUGGCUACACCCUCCAGUUUAAGUUAAACAUAGGUUGUGAGCCAGAAUUCAGUGCGUCUGCCCCCAUCCUGCUGCAGUACUCCCAUGAUGCAGGUCGCACUUGGGCUUUGGUAAAGGAGGGUUGUUACCCUGGAUCCCCGGGAGCAGGCAACUGUGAAGGCAGUGGGCGGGAGCUUCGAGAACCCACCGUGUACAACACCGGGGACUAUGAAGAGUGGACCAGGGUCACUGUGGUCAUUCCACGCAACGUUGCAGCCAGUAAAACACGGUUCCGCUGGUUCCAGGAGAGCAGCAUUUACAGAGAUGCUCCAGCUUUUGCACUGGAUGGAGUGUACAUCUCUGAGCCAUGUCCGAAUCAUUGUGGCGGACAUGGCGAUUGCAUUUCCGGAGUCUGCUUCUGUGACAUGGGAUACACAGUGGAACAAGACAGCUGUGUCCCAUCCGUAGCAGGUCCCACUGAGCUGAGUGAGGGUUUUGAGGGCAAGCUAAGUCCACUUUGGCAGAGCCUAAGUGGAGGCCAAAUAGGAGGUGGUUGUGGCAUAAUCAGUGAGGGCAAGGCACUUUACUUUAGCAGCCCUGGAAGGAGGGAGGCUCGCACAGUGCCCCUGGACACCACCAACACUCGGUUGGUGCAAUUCUACAUUCGAAUAGGCAGUAAAAGUUUGGGACCCACUUGCACCAGGCCACGCUCACGCAAUGAAGGUGUCCUUGUGCAGUUUUCCACCAACAAUGGCGUCCAGUGGCAAUUCCUGCGGGAACUGGACUUCAGCUCUUUCUUGGAGCCUCAAGUGGUGACCAUUGAAUUGCCACCACAUGCCAAAUCCCCUUACACGGUGUUUCGGUGGUGGCAGCCCCAACAAGGGAAACACUCAGCCCAGUGGGCUCUGGAUGAUGUCCUAGUUGGUAUGAACGACAGCUCCAGAACUGGUUUCCAUGACAAGUUUGAUGGCACCACACCUCUGAGGCACAACUGGUACCGCAUUCAGGGUGGGGAGGUGACUGUGGACUGUUUGUCUCUGGACACGGCUUUGACCUUCAACUCCGAAGCCAUCGAUAAGAAGCCAAGGUAUGCCGAGAGCUGGGACUUUGAGGUUUCGGGUUCUUCCUUCCUGCAGUUUGAGCUGAGUAUGGGCUGCAGCAAGUCCACCUCCUUUUCCCACGGUGUGCGCCUGGAAUACUCCACAGACUGUGGACGUCAUUGGUCCCUGAUUACCCCGGAGUGUGUUCCCCCAGCGAUCGGUUGCGCUGCCUACACUCAGAGCUCCAUCUAUACGUCGACACAGUACAAACACUGGAGAAGGACAACUGUAUACCUGCCAAGUGCUGCUAAUUCGCCAAGGACACGAUUCCGUUGGAUCCAAACCCAUUUUACUCCAGGGGCCGAGGGUUGGGCUCUGGAUAAUGUGUUGCUUGCCCCCGGUUGCCCUUGGAUGUGCUCUGGUCAUGGUCUGUGUGACAAUGGACGCUGUGUGUGUGACAAAGGUUAUGAGGGUGCACACUGUGUGCCCUCGGCGCCCCUCCCGUCUGUUUUGAGGGAAGACUUCAAUGAGCACCUGCAGCAGGAGACCUGGCCUGAGGUUUAUGGAGCUGAGAGGGGAACUCUGAGUGGGGAUCCCCUUAAAUCUGGAACCGCCCUCAUCUUUAAAGGGGAUGGUCUACGUAUGAUAGUGUCAAGGGAUCUGGAUUGUACAAACACACUCUACAUUCAGUUCUCCUUCAAGUUCAUCACAAAAGGUGUACCUGAGCGCUCCCACUCAGUGCUGCUGCAGUACUCGGUGAAUGGGGGUAUCAGCUGGCUACUGUUGGACGAAUUUUAUUUCCCAGCUUCCACGGACACUCUGUUCCUCCACCUGCCGCUGCCCGCCAGCGCUCAGACCAAUGCCACCCGCUUCAGACUCUGGCAGCCUUACAACAGUGGUAAGAAGGAGGAGGUGUGGGUGAUAGAUGAUCUAAGCAUUGAUGGUAGCUCCCUGCAUAACCCCGUAGUGGUUAGAGACAGCUUUGAAGAAGGCCCGAAUGAGUCCAACUGGCUAUUCUACCCAGGGGGCAACACCGGCCUCUACUGCCCCUACCAGAAGACCGGCUUAGAAGAGGAUGAGUCAGCUAUGGUGUUUGUCUCCAGCGAGCUGGGGGAGCACUCCAUCACCACCAGGGACAUUGACGUGAAUGAGAACACAAUCAUCCAAUUUGAGAUAAAUGUCGGCUGCACGGCUGAAAGCUCUUCGGCCCAUCCGGUGCGACUUGAGUUCUCCAGGGACUUCGGAGCAACAUGGCACCUUUUGGUGCCGCUUUGUGCAGGUGGGCCACAGCCAUCUUCGCUGUGCUCCACCGAGCUCCACCCGGCCAGUGUUUAUUUCCCGGGCACCACACAGGGGUGGAGGCGAGAGGUCAUCCACUUUGGCAAGCUGCGUCUCUGCGGGUCUGUGAGGUUCCGUUGGUAUCAGGGCUUCUUUUCAACUGGGUCCGCUCCUCCUACAUGGGCUCUAGACAAUGUCUAUAUUGGCCCUCAGUGUCAGGACAUGUGCAGUGGCCAUGGAGCUUGUGUAGGGGGCACACAUUGUAUGUGUGACCCCGGCUACUCUGGAAGCGACUGCUCUGUGCCAGAUAUUCCCAACCCCGACUUCCUCAAAGAAGACUUUGAAGACGGAGCAGUGGAUAUUGACCUUUUUAAACAGCUGAGUGGUGGCAAACCAUCCAGAAAAUGUGGUAUCAUGUCCAGUGGGAACCAUCUGUUCUUCAGUGAAGAUGGGCUGCGUAUGUUGGUCACCAAUGAAUUGGACUUGUCGAAUGCCAGGUUUGUUCAGUUCUUCCUCCGUCUCGGCUGCGGGAAGGCGGCACCGGACCCUCGCUCUCAGCCAGUUCUGCUGCAGUACUCCCUGAAUGGAGGUCUCACGUGGGGUCUCCUCCAGGAAUUUCUCUUCAGUAACAGCAGUAACCAGGCUCGCCUGGUGGCCCUGGAGAUCCCACUGCGCGCUCGCACCUCUUCCACUCGCCUGCGCUGGUGGCAGCCCUCUGAGAGCGGACAGUUUUAUAGUCCAUGGGUGAUCGAUCAGGUGGUGGUUGGUGGUAGUGCCAGCGGCUGGGGACCACUGGAAGAUGAUUUCUCCUCUAUCGAUACACGCUCAUGGCUCCUCCACCCAGGAGGAACCAGAAUGCCAGUUUGUGGCUCGGAUGGACCCGCUUUUGCUUUCAUAGAGAAGUCCAACACUCGCUACGCAGUCACCACUGACAUCAGUUUGGGACAGGAUGCCUUCAUCCAGUUUGACUUUUCUGCAUCCUGUUCUGUAACCAACUCCUGCUACUCUGUGGAGCUGGAGUACUCUCUGGAUUUAGGUCUGACGUGGCAACCUGUUGUCAGAGAUUGUUUACCGACAAGCCCUGACUGCUCCUCCUACACCUUGCAAAGGCUGCUCGUUUCUGAUACAUACAACAAAUGGGGUCGGGUGACUUUACAUGUCCCAUCAUAUGCAAGGUCUCCAGCAACAAGAUUCCGUUGGUUCCAGCAGGCUCCAUUUGACAAGCAGCAGACCUGGGCUCUGGAUAACCUCUAUAUUGGAGAUGGCUGUCCAGAUAUGUGUUCUGGACACGGAAGGUGUCAACAGAGCACCUGUGUGUGUGAUCCAGAGUGGGGUGGUGACUACUGUGAUGAGCCGGUCGCUAAGCUCCCCUCCCAGCUGAAGGACAGCUUCAGUCGGGCUCCUUCUCUUGGUCACUGGCACAUACUCACUGGUGGGAAACUCAGCACCGUGUGUGGAGCUGUGGCAUCUGGAGCCGCUCUGCACUUUAGUGGUAGUUGCAGUCGUCAGUUGGUGACAAUGGACCUCAACCUAACCAACGCCGAAUUCAUCCAAUUCUACUUCAUGUAUGGCUGUAUGAUCCCGCCUAGCAACCGUAACCAGGGGGUGCUCCUGGAGUACAGCUUGAAUGGAGGAAUCCACUGGCAUCUGCUGACAGAGAUUUUCUAUGAUCUGUACACAAAGCCAGGGUUUGUGAAUGUUCUGCUGCCUCCUACUGCCCGACAAGAAGGUGUGCGCGUGCGCUGGUGGCAGCCGCAGCACGACGGAGUGGACCAGAGUGACUGGGCUCUUGAUAACGUCCUCAUCGCGGGUUCAGACAUGCGGGCACAGAUUUCCGACACAUUCGGCGGUGUGGCACUGCCAAACCAUGAGAGAGCUCCUGCUGAUGAAACCUCAGAACCAAACAGUGACCUGGGCGAGCUCGAGGAAACUCCAAUCGUGAGUGACCAUUGGUUGUUCUCCGAGGACUGCUCAGUGCAGCGUUUCUGCAGCUCCCCCGAUGGCGUGAUGGCGUGCGGCAAUGCUGAUGGAAGAGAGGUUUACGCUGUCACGCAUGAUAUAAUCCCUGAAAAGGGUUGGGUCAUGCAGUUCAAGAUUGCGGUCGGCUGCGUGGUUCCAGAUCGUGCUGCGGACAGACAGGUCCACGUUCAGUACUCUGCAGACUACGGUGUGACGUGGAAAUACCUGGUUCCCCAGUGUUUGCCCGCCGAUCCUCGUUGCGGAGGACACGUUUCGCAGCCGUCGGUCUUCUUCCCCGCAGAGGGAUGGAAGCGGGCUAUCUAUCCCCUGCCCGACGGCCUCGCUGGCACUUCAGUGCGCUUCAGGUUCUACCAGCAGCACUCAGACGUUCAGUGGGGUGUGGAGAACUUUUAUAUCGGGCCAGCGUGUGAGAGCCAUUGUGGCGGACAUGGCGACUGUUUGGAUCAGCGUUGCCUCUGUGACCCAGGAUUCACCGGACCAAAUUGUUAUGCCAGUGCAGCGCUGAAGGCAUCUUUGAAGGAACGUUUUGACUGGGAAGGAGCGGCCGGGCCUCAGUGGCACGUUCUUGAGGGAGGUCGACCCUGCACAGACUGUGGUGUGUUGGUAGAGGGUACAGCCCUGUAUUUUGGAGGAGCUGAUGCCAGACAAGCUAUUACCACUGACCUGGACCUUCGGGGAGCUAAGUUUGUGGAGUACUGGGCCAGGAUUGGAAGUGAAAAUAACAUGUCCAUGUGCCACCGUCCAACAUGUCGAAAAGAAGGAGUGCUGUUGGACUACUCUACCGAUGGAGGUGUGUCGUGGAUCCUACUGCAUGAGAUGGACUAUCUCAAAUACGUGUCUGUGAGGAGAGAUUACAUCGUCCUGCCAGAGGGAGCCCUGACCAACGCCACUCGCCUACGUUGGUGGCAACCUUUUACUGUUUACUCUGGCUUGGCCUCUCCCAGCCUGGAACGAGCCCAGUGGGCCAUAGACAACAUCCUAGUAGGCGGGUCAGACAUCAAUCCGUCAAGCCUGCUUGACACCUUUGAUGAUGAAGGUGUAUCUCACGAGGAAAGUUGGAGCUUCUACCCGAAUGCCGUGCGAACUGCGGGCUUUUGUGGAAACCCCUCGUUUCACCUUUACUGGCCCAACAAGAACCAAGACCGGACACAUAACAUCCUCGCCACUCGAGAACUUAUAGUGCAGCCUGGCUACAUUUUACAGUUCAUGAUAGUAGUUGGCUGUGAGGCAGACACAUGUCAGGACCAUCAUUCUGUCCUGCUGCAGUACAGGAAAGAUGCAAGGUCUGACUCGUGGCAGUUGGUACAGUCUGAGUGCCUCCCCUCGUCAGUCAACAACGUGGGCUGCUCUCCCUUCCAGUUCCACGAGUCCACCAUCUUCAGUCCUGUCAACAGCUCAACAUGGACCAGGGUCACCGUUCAACUGCCUGACCACGUCUCUUCAGGGGCGACUCAGUUCCGCUGGAUUCAAAAAGAGGGGGCGGGAGAGCGUCAGAGCUGGGGAGUAGACCGCGUUUACAUCGGCGAAGCCUGCCCAGGACUCUGCAGUGGACACGGCUACUGCACGAGCGGAAUGGUCUGCAUCUGUGAUGAGGGAUAUCACGGUGAUGACUGCUCCCUCUCUGGCAGAGACUUGCCAAGCUCCAUUAAGGACAACUUUGAGUCGGGCAGCGUGUCCCCGGAGAGCUGGCAGCUGAUUCAGGGUGGAGGAGUGGGCAGUGGGUGUGGACAGCUGUCACCGCAUGCACAUGGAGACUCGCUCUAUUUUAAUGGCUGUAAGAUGAGGCAGGCUGUUACUAAACCGCUGGACCUCACUCGAGCCAGGUACAGUAAGAUCAUGUUUGUGCUGCAGAUUGGUAGCGUCGCACAGACAGACAGUUGUAACAUUGCUCUGGACCGGGCUGACACGGUCGACCGAGCAGUACUGCUACAGUACAGCGUCACCAAUGGAGUCAGCUGGCACGUCAUCGCCCAGCACCAACCCAAAGACUUCAUAAAGGCCCAGAGAGUUUCCUACAACAUCCCACUGGAAGCGAGAGUUAAAGGGGUGAUGCUACGAUGGUGGCAGCCACGCCACGACGGUGCAGGACAUGACCAGUGGGCGCUGGACCACGUGGAAGUAGUUCUCGUCAGCACCCGUAAACAAAACUACAUGAUGAACUUUGCCAGACAAAGCGGCUUACGUCACUACUAUAGCCGCAAGCGACGGGCACUGCAGCGGCGUGCCUGAGGCUCCGGAGAUGGGAUUUUGCCUCCCCCUUGACCCGCCAAUCACACACUGAGCCGUCCGCAUUCAUCCCUUUUGUCUCCUGACGAUGUCAUCACCAAAUCAAGUUCACGCUCUAGCCAAAAUCUGUCCCAUAUCGCGCCCGCAAUGCUUUGGCGUUGGAUGAAGCUCGAAGACAGGAGUGUCGUGGCCAUUUUGUUUACUUUCUACCAUGGACGGUUAGGGUUUUGCUGUGGUUCCUCUUCCCACCUGGCUCCAUCUCCUGCCACACAGAGCCCCCCCACCACCCCACCCCUGCCCCUCCUUCUCCC